AGACUAUUCGAAUUGAGUUGUGACGCGCGCGCUUUAUAACCGAGAAGUCUAUAGUUAUUUGCAUUUCCCAAAGGUUUGCUGUCCUUACGCAACAGAAGUACAAAGUUUGAUCCAAAGAAUCUGUCCUGAGCUCAAUGUUCGUUGACUGUGGCUGCUUUGGUUUUGCACAUCGAGGCUCGUCUUAGUGUAUCCUGACCUUUUGUACCACCCGUUUUUGUCCGUUUUGAGCAUACUGUUUUUUGCUUUACGGUCGUAGACUUUUGCUAGGAUCUAUUAAACAAUUGGGUGAAACCAUAAUUUAUGGACGACCUUUGGCCGACGUUUGAGUGACUUUGAAUGUCUACCUAAUUGUAGUUAGAAACCAGUGUGAAGACUUAGAAUUAUGAUUUACAGUUGAUAGUCAAAGUUCGAAGCUAGACGUAGGUUUUUCAUCACGAACUGACAUCGACUACAAUGCCAAAACGCUAUUUAGCCAAAUGGAUGAAUGAAUUUCGUGCAAAAAUCUGAGGCUUGUCAUCUCAUCCGUGAUUGGUUCGUCCACAAAUUAUAGUCUCUUCGGACAUGCUGAAGAUCAUCACCAUCGUAAAAUCGACGGUACUAGACUCCCUCGGCAAACUUGGGUCUCCCAGCAUAGGGCCCCUGAAUUCGACGACUCCCUAAAACUCUGCAAGUGAUUAGAAUCCCGUUAACUUGGUUAGUAAGUACCGAGUGUCACCGUCCAUUAGGUAGAACAUCGCAGGUAUUGUGUUGGAGUCAACUGAUGAUGCGGCCGUGCAGUCUACCCCUAAGACUGUCCAACCAGUCAAGAAUGAGCAUAUGAAUAUGAAACGUGCUUUAACUAACAAGCUUAUUCGAAAACCUGGUUAACGAUCACAGCUCGCGAUGAUUAUCUUAUAAUCAUGAAUCCUAAAGACAGCUCUGACCUUUCCUUUAGUCUGAAAGACGAAAAUGACAAGAUGCUUUGGGUAGAGUUAAAUAGGAAGCCCGAACGUCCCAAAAUAUAGCCCCUGACACUCACAUGGCUCACUUUGGGAAAGAACUCCAAGCAUUAUAAAUCACCCAAGACUAUUUUGUGUAACGCUCUCUAACGCUGCCGACGUAGAGGAUGUCUUACUGGCUAGUCACUUACUGAAAUCAAAUGGGAAUGUAAGAAUACUGCCUGAUAUACCGUAUUCUGAGCGCAAUUUCAUCAGGAACAUUCCUAAGGAAUAUUGCGAGACGUUUUUUCGCGAAAGAGAUAUUGUAGAAGGAGUGUCAGGCAACAGAAACUCUGCUCUUCGGGAACGGAGAUUAAUCAAGCAGCCCUUGAAGCUCAAAAACAUAUUGACUCAACAAGUCGUAAGACUAGAGAAGAGGGACGAGGGUUCUAGACCCUUGGUAAUGAAGAUAGCCUUCCCAUUCUCUCAUAUGGCGGCUGCAACUCUUGAAGCAUUUCGUGCUCAUUCGCCGGUUGCCAACUGGAAUCCAUGUGCUUGAAGUCACUAACUUCUAGUCUGAGCCAUGUUGGUAGAUGCAGACUACUUGGUUGGGGUCCGCGUGACUAUCGUAACCAAUGGUUGGAGACUCUUGGUGACAUGGCUCAGAAUCGAUCACAAUGGCGUCGGUGUAUACACUCCCUGUCUUCCCUUAAAGUAUGAGAUUAAAAUCGCUUCAUAUCUUUCUUUCUACGAACCAAUUCUUUCUUCUUGUACUAUAUCUCUAUAUGCAAUCUUUCUCUUAUAUAUUACCACCUUUUACCUAACCACUGUUAUGAUUCCGGUGUUCAUCUUGUUGUGUUGAUGCGGUAUGGCAACCUGGACCGAUGCACAUAUGUGCCUGGUCCUACGUUGUAGCUGACUGACUGACUGACUGAUGCAUCCAGACAAGUCACAAGAUGCCAGGAUCAAACACAAGCAAAUUGGAGCUGACUAUUCCACUUGUGGACUGUCAAGACGACGAAAAAAACGUAGAAAGGACAGGGGCUGCCAACUAGGAAAGCCCUGUAUAGGUAGGUUACCUGUCCAUUCAUAUAAGGCUCAUGCAGGUAAACAGGGCGAGAAAGCUCACGCGUUUCAAAUUGAGAGCAUAAACUGCUUAUAUAUGAACAUUGCGGGUUUACUGAGUAGAAUGAAUGAGCUGCGUGAACUCAGUAAUGCCAAUGAUACUCAUCUGAUAGGAAUAUCUGAAACAUGGAUAUCUCCCCAAUUUGCGGGCCAGGAGCUAGUAAUACACAGGACGUAUUUGUUUCCCAUUGACAAAAAAACAGAAAUUGGGGAUGGAGUAGCCUUGUACCUGCAGUCUUGCCUGGAGGUACAUCAAGUGCACAACUAAGAGUUUAUCAAUCUUGAUGAAUCUUCAUGGUGCUCAGUAAAAUUGUUUACCACCCAGUGGAACAUACGUACAUUGGAGUUGUUAACUCUACUGAAGCUCGGUUUUUCAACCUCAUUGAAAACCUGGGAUUAUUCGAAAAUGUGAAGUCGGCAAUUCGUUGAAGAAACAGUCAGACACUGUCACACUUAGACUGGGUAUUUACAAACGAAGAAUUCCUAAUUGACAACCUCUCAAUCCUGGCUCUUUUGGGGAAAAGCGAUCAUGCCAUCAUAGCCUUCAGUUUUAUCAGCAAAACUGAACUAAGACAUCCUACCGACAACAGGCACUGAAAUUUCAAACUGUUGAAUGUGUCAGCCUUACAAGACAAUUUACAGCAGGUGGACUGUGAAGUUCACCAACUUGCUGUGGAUGCUCAUGGGGAUGUCUUACUGCACACGAUCUUAUGUGCUACAAAGCAGUCUGUUUCACAAAUGGUUACCAAAAUCUACAAGCAACCUACAAUCAUCAAGAAGCGCACUCUUCGUUUUCUAAGCCGCGAAAGGCACUGCUGGGCGGAAUACAAACAAACUGGUAACAACAGCGCAUACAGGCAAUUCAAACAAGUAAGCAAUAUAUUCACAAAGGCAAUAAGAGAAGACAGGUUUCAGUACCAGAUAAAGCUUGUCGAUGAAUUUGUCUCCAAUUCGAAAAGCUUAUUCCGUCAUACAGUUGAAACUGGAGUUUCCUAAAUGCUAGGUCCUAAUAGCCCGACCAGCAAAGACGGCGACGCCACUGACUUUCUGGCAGGUCAGUACCCUCAAACAUUUCGACCGAUCCACGCUAGCUAUAUUGAUGAAAGCCUCACCAGCAACUCCAUAGGACAUUCAGAAGUAGACCUGAGCUCUGAAUUGGUGUACCGAAAUAUGCAGCACCCAAAUAGACACAUUUUGGACCGAAUAUAGUCUGUUCUGUUAUACUAAGGGGAGCGGCUUCAAUCUUGGCAACACCACUUAGCGUGAUGUUCUCACAUUCGAUAAGUCAAAGCACACUACCGGUGAAUUGGAAGCUGGCUCACAUCGCACCAAUUUUCAAGGGAGGUCGACGCAGCGAACCUUCAAGCUAACGACCGGUGGCGCUACUCUCUAUACCCUCAAAAAUUAUGCAGUCCCUGAUAUGCGAUGGUAUACAUAAUUACUUACUAUCCAUGAACUUCCAUUCUAACAGCGUGAUUUCAGAAAAGGUCACUCUUGUUUAAUCAACCUGUCGACUGAGGUGGACAGAUAGACAACCAUCUUUGAUCGCGAGGAGAAGGUUGACGUCAUUUACAUUGACUCAUCGAAAGCUUUUGAUAGGGUCGAAGACAAAUGUCUUAUCAAUAAGCUCAACCAUUUAGGUAUCAAAUCACCUUUAACAGAUCGGCUCACUUCAUAUCUAAAGAAUCUACAUUUUAAGGUUAGGGUUAACUUCAAUUUCUCUCAGGCCAUGGAAUGUCCUGGUGGGAUCCCCAGGGUUCAGUAAUAGGCCCUCCUCUUUUCUUGACUUAUACAAACGAUCUUCCACAGCAGGUAUCGUCAGAUUUACCACUUUUCGCUAAUUAUGUAAAACUCUGGAGGAAAGUAUGUAACCAAGAGGAUAAACUGGAACUUCAAAAGGAUCUGACUGGACUUCGGGGUUUGCAGAUGAUAACGGACUUAUCGAUAACACUUCAAAGUGUAAAGUAGUCCACCUGAUACAUGUUGCAGACUACAGCUACAACUUAGGUGACUGCCCUCUAAAGGUAUCCCAAGUUGGAAAAGAUUAGGAGUGCCGGUACCCUACCAUUUAAAGUCUUACGCUAACUUUGACAAAAAUACCUUUCGAGUAGACCUUGCACAAGUAACGUUUAAGCGUAUUUUCGGCCAGUUCGACGCAAGAACUUUCCACAUAGUCCUCAACGGUUUCAUUCGUCCCCAUUUAGAGUACGGAAACGUAGUAUUUCCUCCCUUACUCCAAAAGGAUGAAGAUACUCUAGAGCAUAUCCACGAAAUCAGUUCGGGGGCUCAAAUUAUGGUCUUAUGAAGAGCGCCUCCAAUCAAUAAGCCUUUACCCGCUAGAGUAUAGGUGUCUUAGAGGUGACCUAAUGGUUCAUAGGAUCCUUAACAUCUCUAGGCAUCCCCUUAAAUAUCUGCUUAAGUUUAACUCCAACACAAACCUAAGGGAUAAUACUCAGAAACCGUAGACACAACUCAGCGGAAGGGACUGUAGACACAACUUCUGCUCAUUAAGAGUAGUCAGAUGCUAGAAUUCGCUGCCGGCUGAGCUAGUCCAAGUGACUUACCAGGAGUCCUUUAAGAGGAAACUUGACAUGUUCUUAAGGACUAAGGAUAGUAUCUUACUGUGAUUUACCGAUUUCUCUUUCCUCUUUUGUCGUUAAUAUUCCUAGGUUCCUAUCGGGCGGCAUCAGUGAUCCUUCGCUACUAGAUAUGGAGGCCCGUUAAACAAAACCUUUUAUUCCAUCCAAAACCAUUGGAACGGUAUGAAGACGCGUAGUGCGGAAAUGGAAGCCCCAAAUAUUGCUGCGAUUGUUAAAGCUCGACAUCAUGCGCGUGUACUUUGCCCUUCGAGUGGAAAUUUAUUAGGAAACACACCAAACCAGUUAAUUUCUCCUGGAAUAUAUGAAUCUUCUGAGAGCGGUUGUAAUGUAAACAAUUUUUAUAGUGCAUCUGGAACAAGUGGUCAGACACUAUGCGAUGAUGCAAAGAUCUCAGUAGACGAUAAACCACACAAAACUCGUUCUGAAAAUGCUCCGAGAUUGUUACGCGGAACUUGGUCACCUGAUGAUAGACGUCUAUUUUUUCAAGCUGUGAGAAUGUACGGGCGUAACUUCACUGAAAUCACACGUUUCAUUCGGUCUCGUGGACAUCGUACAUCAAUCGAUCACCAAACUGGGUCAUCAAGUGGCAAUAUUGAACUAACUUUGAAUAGUUUGCACUCUGGAAAUAAUUUUGUCUCUUCAAACAGUUUAUCAUCUGCCCUCAUCCCAUCUAAUAUAAGCGCUCCGUGCCCAAACAACAUUACUCAACCUAAUGUUGGAAUGAGCACACCCUAUACCGGUAGUUCUGAUUUAAAUACACCUUGUGGUGGUCGGACUCGUGAACAAGUUCGUUUCUUUUAUCAACAAACCUGGCAUAAAGUACGUCGUUACACUAAAUUUCCCGAAGAGGUCCCACAACAUGUUAGGGAAGUUUAUGCAAUUGUCAAUUAUUCUGUGCUGCGUACACGCAUUAAGAAACCAUUGGACCACCGAUUGGGAGAAAAAUUAAACGAAUUAGUUCAUUGUGGUACCACUGUAAUCAAACACAAUGGGCGGCGUUUUUUGUUACGUACUCCUGUUUGUCCUGCUUUGAAGCAAUUGAAUAACAUUUUUGCACCUACACAUGAAUUCCUACUUCCUGAAGAUGUAUGGAUUGAAUUAGUUCCACGGACACAAACAGAUGCAUGGAGAGUAAUAGAGGCAGAGCAAAAUCCCCGUUUAAGACUACGCGUUGAUAUUAAUCGUCAACUUUCAGAUGUUAUUUUUCUAGUGGAAAACAAAUGGCAAUUGGCUGCUGAGCGUAUGAGAACACUUCUUGGUUUCCCAGCGGUUCACGACUCCACAGUGCCAUCGGUUAUGCUCAACUUAUGCUAUAGUCAAGCUAUCGAUGGUGCCAUUCGCAUACAAGAAGUGGCGCGAAUUCGUUCAGGAGACAUUGGAUUACGUGCUUAUUUAGAUCGAAUGGAUACUAAACUCCAUAAAUCUAGGAUGCAGUCAAAUGUAUGCCCCACAGAAAAACAAGAUGCAGUUCACGACGAUCCUGUGGAAUCUCUAGAUUUAGUUACUUCGAAUAUGACAACAAACUUAGCAUCGUCAUCAUUACGUACGUCAGAUCUCAGAAAUUCAGAAUCAACUAAUGGCUUGUCAAUUACUACAUCAACGUCAAAUGCUGAGUUAGAUCUAAGAGAUCUUGGGAAACAAUUAUCAAUUGGUGUUACACGUGAGAUGGCACGUGAAAUUAAACUGGUAACUAUUUAUUUGUCUUUGGGUUGUCCAGAUCGUAUACGUUUUGAAUAUCAAUUUUUCUGCACUAAAGAUAAAGGAUUACAGAAACAAUUGAAUUCAUCUUACUCCGACUUAUUAAUAUGUCCACCAUUAGAUCCAGAUGGAGACGGUAUAAGUAAUGGUUUAAGGCGUCUUUUACAUUUGAAUGCCAGUGAUUAUUUACUUCAUCGUGAUUGGGUUUCUCGUCAUUCUAUUCGAAGCAAUACGCCAGUCCCUACAUCUUGUCAUUCUUCUCAAGCUAUUCCUAGCGUUAACAUCUCUACAGUUGCUACAGUUACGACAACUCAAAGCUGCACAUCAACAUUAUUACCAAAAACACUAACUGGAAGUCAUCUUUCACAGAUAUCCGAAUUACCUAUUAUGGUUACAGCUCAACAACCUUCAACAGUGACUACCAGUAUUUCAGCAAAGCAACCGACAAUUAUGAUGUAUUCUCAGCCAAAUACUAUACAAGUUCUUAUUAAUGGACAGCCAUCCAUUUUUCAACUGAAUUCCACCUUUUCAGCUUCGAAUCCAAUUAUUUCGUCAUUAUUAACAACAAAUAGUUUAAUGAAGCCUCCAAUAGCUUCAGUUCAAAGUCCAAAAUUAGUCUUAUUACAACAACCAGUUGGACAAAAAAUACAAGUUCCUAUUGUUGAACGACAAUUAGACCAUGAACGACAAGUAACUUCAACUGUAGCAAUAAGUCAAGGACCAUAUAUCCCAUUACUACCGAAACAAUCAAUUGUGCCCAUUCAAGUCGGUGUAAAAACAUCGACACCAUUAACAGGCACUUUUGUAUCGUCUAGCUCUAUUCCUUCAACGUCCACAUGUAUAAUUGAGAAUGAAAAUAAUUCACCUGUAACUUCAUCGUUAGAAUCGUUAAAGGCAUUUAAUGCACGACGUCGAACUAGUAUUAUAUCACAAGUCAACAAACGUUUAACUGAAAAUUCGAUUCUAACUAAAGAAUUACAAUCAAAACCACCAACAAUUACAUCUAUUUCAAACAAUUUACCUACAUCAUACAAUACUUCAGCAAAUCCUUGUACGACUAAAUCUUCAGUUCAAUCACUUCAGGCAAUCGAUAAUCAAACUUUGACAACAAUCAAAGGUGAUGAAGCAUCUGUUAAUAAUAUACAUUCUAAAUCAAUAACACUUUCAACACCAUCAAAUUCUAAUAAUUUAUGGUCAUCCAUUAAUGUACCGAAUAAUGAACCGAUGGUAACAACAUCAACUGUUUUCAAUGAUCAUUUACCUCAAGUUCAUAGCAUAUCGAGCUUAUUAUCAUCUUCACCAAAUUUAUCAUCAUUACAGUCUAAUAAUGUAAUGUCUUUUAUUUCAUUAUCUAAAAAUUCUUCCAAUACAGAUGUUAAUAUGGAUGAUCUAUUGUUAGUCUCAACAGAGACAAAUCAAUGCUCUAUGUCAUCAUCAUCGUUCAGUAAUGAUACACUGGCAUCCCUGUUAAAUACAUUAUGUCCACGUUGUCCUUUAUCUUCUACUCAUGAUAAUCAAACUAUAUUAUCCGAAUCAUCUGCUCGACCUACUGAUAGUACCCUAUCUCCAUUAAAUGAAUUAUCAACGCCAGAUUUACAUAAAACAAAAUUCUCUACACCUCCAACUAAUGAUGUACAUGUUUCACUUAAAAUAGAAGAGAAUGCUGAAAAAUCAUUUGACUUUAGAACAAUUGAUUCCGUUUGUAGUUAUCCACCAGUUUCUCCAUCGAUUGGUGAUAUUUCAUUCACUGAUUCAAUGGCUGCUGCUGUAAUGGAUGUACACCAUAUGGAGUUAGAUCAUUCUGAUGGAGAGCAGAGUACCGAUGUUCACUCUGAACCGUCAAAUCUCAUAGCUUCAAAUCUUAUUAUUCAACCUGAUAUUUAUCCAAUAAGACCGUCAUAUGAAUCUCUUGUGGAACAUGAUGAUAUUAAAACUAGAGGUAUUAGCACAUCUGAAUAUAAUUGUAUAACAAAUGUUGAAGUAUUCCUUCGGAUGAAUACACCACAAUCCAGAAGAAAUUCAGUUGGUCUCAAUUCAACAUUGCCAAGUUCGACUACUUCAUCUAGUUGAGAAACUUAUCAACAAGCGACGGCGAAAUUGUUUUGCCAAACAACGUUUUGCAUUUUAAGGUCGUAUAGCGGCAUUUAAUACGUAUUAUGAAUGUUGAACAAUUACCCAUUAAUUAGCUGAUCAAUGUGAAUACUGACAUGAACCACCAAUUUUAUGUACAAUAAUGAUAUUUUGAAUGGUUGAAAUUUCCAAUAUAUUGCUUUUUUAAG